AUGGAGAAAUAUUCCGUCCCAUUACCAUGGAAACAAGAUCAUGAACAGAUACCGGACAAUUUCCAAAACAGCCGAAAUCGGUUAACAUCAGUCUUCCGCCGACUUAAGGCUAAGCCCGAGCUUCUGCAACAAUACGACGACAUCAUUAAACAGCAAAAACGUGACGGUAUCAUCGAGCAGGUGACAGAGCCGCCACCGCCGCCAGGUAAAGUCCGUUACUUGCCCCAUCAUUACGUCUUAAAGGAAGAUAAGUCCACAACCAAGGUGCGCAUUGUUUACGAUGCUUCUUCAAAUUCUCCGUCACUCAACGAUUGCUUGGAAAAGGGUCCUUCUCUUCUUCCUCUACUUAUGGACAUCCUUAUCCGUUUUGGGACCUACAAGGUUGCGGUAGCAAGCGACAUUAAACAAGCAUUUUUAAAUGUGGCGAUCAACACACCUGAUCGAGACUUCUUACGCUUCCUAUGGUUUGACGAUAUAACAAAAGAAAAUUCUCAACUCAUGAUAUGCCGAUACACUCGUGUAAUCUUUGGAAUGAACGCUUCACAGUUCCUUUUAGCUACAUCAAUUAUAAAGCACUUGGAGAAAUGCCAAAGUGCCGACCCUGACUUUGUGCUAGCUUUCUUAGAAAACCUUUAUGUCGACGACAGCAUUGGCGGAGGAGAUACCAGAGAUCAGGUGUUCACAUUUUACCAAAAGGCAAAAGCACGGCUUAAGGAAGCUGGUUUAAUCUUACGAAAAUGGCGUUCUAACAGUCCAACUCUCCAAGCGCAAAUCUCCAAAUUCGAAAUCGAGGAUCCAGCUCCUCCCGAUGAAAAAAUCUUGGGCAUCACAUGGGAUACGGCCAAUGACGAAAUGGAAAUAGACCUGUCAAGACAAAAACAGUUAGCUCAAUCCGACGUCCUUCUAACUAAACGCAACAUCCUAAAAAUCAUCGCAUCGAUUUACGACCCAGUCGGUUUGGUUUCGCCCCUCGUUGUACCGUUUAAGGUAUUCUUCCAGAAGUUAUGCACAACCGUAAACGAUUGGGACACUGAGGUUAGUGGGGAAUUAAAGGACGAAUGGAAUUCGUUAAUAGAGUUAUUUUCAAUCUCGUCGAAAUAUUGA